AAUUUGAUGAAUAGAGUCGCUGUCAGGAGCAGAUGCGGGUACGUUGAUGGAUGCUCGGCGCUAACGGGGAGGAAGAGGAGCUGCGCCAUGUCUCCUCCUCACGGCUACAUGUAACGCUGCUUCGGAGCUGGACGUCGGUGAGAGUUUGUCCAACUAUUUCCGUCCGUCCCGGGCUCGGUGUCGCGUUGCCCUGAGCCAUGGAGAGCAGGACAUGUGAGCUGUGCGCGUGAGGAGCUUCUUUGGACUCUGUAUCCUUUUACGAAAACUUCACCCGGGAGGACAAGCCUUAACAGGGCUCGUGAAGGGGGCCUCUGAGGGCCCACAUCGGCAUGGUGAACAGCCAGGCGUCGGGCGUCGCGCCAGCCCCCAGGGCCUGUGCAGGGUGCGGGGGCAAGAUCGCAGACCGCUUCCUGCUCUUCUCCAUGGAGCGCUACUGGCACACGCGCUGCCUCAAGUGCUCCUGCUGCCAAGCCCAGUUGGGGGACAUUGGCACCACCUGCUACAGCAAAGGGGGCAUGAUUCUGUGUCGGAGCGACUACAUCAGGCUGUUCGGGCACAGCGGGGCGUGCAGCGCCUGCGGACAGUCGAUCCCCGCCAAUGAGAUGGUGAUGAGGGCGCAGGGGAAUGUUUACCACCUCAAGUGUUUCAGCUGUGCCACCUGCAGAAACCGACUGAUGCCCGGGGAUCGCUUUCACUACAUCAACAGUACAAUCUUCUGUGAGCACGACAGACCCGGCGCUGUCCUGCUCAACAGCCACCUGCCUCCUCUUCAGAGCAGCUCUGUGCUGGCAGACCAGAAGGUAUGCUGAGUGGCAGAAGUAACGCGCCUCACACUCUCACCCUGACCUCCACGCUUCUCCUGCUUCUGUACUUGUUGUCGUGGAUUUUUCAUCACUGCCUGGCUUCUCCUCCCGAGGGAGGACGCAGUUUCUCACCAAGAUCCCGGUCCGUCAGCAUAUCAGAGACUAAAUGCCGCGUACAAAACUACAUUCAUGUUAUGUCCUCCAGUUAAAGUGGUAUGUGUGCAUCAUCAAAGAUUUUCAGUACGAGUGGACUUAACUGGCUAAAGGCGUCUUGGGGACCAAGCGAAGGCUGUGGUAAAUCAAUGAGGAUGAAGGUGUACCACCUGGAAGAGGGACCGACGGAUGCUUGAAUGGACGUGAGACGGGCCGGCGUACAGUGACCGUCCCGAGUGUUUCUAAUGGACUCUUGAUCUCUCUCUAGUGUAUGUUAACACUCACACAUGAGGAAGAGCUAUAAAAUGGUACGGAAUUGUUCAGUCUUGGGGAAAACUUAAAGUGAGAUUCAAACCCAGAGACUUUUUAAACACAAAUGUAAAAAUGUUAAUGUUGCUGCUUUUUCAGACGCCCUUGGAACAGGAAGUGAAAAGAUCUGGUGAAGUUUUUGUUUGAUUUCUUCAUCACAUACCUGUUCAAUGUGUGGAAAAACAAAUUGUGGAGUUCAUAACAAAAUGCUAUUAAAAUGAUUUUCCUGUAACA